GCUUUGUAUGGGACGAGAGGAUAACUAAGCUGCCUUAACGGGAUUAGUCCUUAGCUCCUGGCAGUUCUGUCCGUUAGGUACCGAACUCUGCAGUUUGACAGGAAGUGACGCACUUGUUGUGACGGUUUAGCGCCUCUGCAGGGCGAAAACGAGCAGUCCGUUACAGACCAUGGACGGCAUACUGGACAGCUUCGAGUUUGCAGCGCCCGCGGUCUUCUUUACAAUCGUAGCUCUCCUGCUUGCUGCUCUUAUCUGGAAAAGAUGGGAAUCGCUGGCGUCGGUAACUGUGGAAGGAGCAGGAACUGGAGUAGACAAAGCAGAGCCCACCGGCGAGGAGAAACCAGGAGUGAUGGAGGAGCACGAGGAUGCGACUUCUAGGGACGACGCCGCGCCCAGCACCGCGGAAGACAAGGGAGGAGAAGGCGACAAUUUGGAUGUGGAGAUUUCUGGAAGUUUUGCUGAAGCGGAGCCUGCCGAAAGAGAGACGGAGAAAGAAGUGAAUGAGGGUGAAGAAGGGGAGGACCACCUGAAAUACAGGCCAGGCAAACUUAGGGGAAGCCGAUUAGAAAUGAUGAUGACCAAGGAAGAGCGAGAAGAAGAGCAAAGAGUGCAACGGGAGCAGCUUGCCGCCAUCUUCCGACUGCUGCAGCAGAAGAAAGAGACAUUUGGGGAAAUGUCACCAGGAGACAUGGAGGAACAACUGAAAUUGUACUCCAAAGAGAUGCUUGGUGAAGCCCCAGAUGGAAGCGCCAAUGAACAGCUUGGACUCCACACGCCAUUGAUGGACUUGUAGGACACUACGCCUUCGUCAACUGUGUUAGUGAGAAUAGUGGAUUACUUUGUUCUUAUGAAAACCGGUACCCAUUGCCACUCUUGGUGACUUGUUGCCCAGACAUUUCUAACUCUUUUUAGAUUUUCAUUUGAGUGAAGGCAGCAGAGUGACUCGUAAGUUUUGUAAGCAUGCUGGGCUGUGCCUAUAAGACCUGACAUUGAGAAGCGGUUGGGUGUCACAUUGCUAAAUCCUCACUACCACCUUGUGAAGACCAUGCUUCAACCACUGAAGACCAUAGCACUGGCUACCUCAAUUUAGGGUUUUCUCUCAUCUUUCUCUGCAGGUGGACCUUUUAUGUAAUGAUGGCAUGAAAACAUGCCCCGUGGGGCUAAUUGAAUGCAUAGUAAGGGACACCUUAGGCCUUGCUUGGCUGCACACAGCCUCGGGUUUGACUGCCUAAGGCUACUGCUUCAAUCAGACGGGCCUGUAAUCGGGCCUUUAUGGAUGUGCGGUAAGCAACAUAUUAUAUUGGCAGUAAACCUUUUUGGGGAAAAUUUACCGAUGUACAAUAUAGUGUCCAUAAACAUUAUUCACCACCUUGGGAGUUUUUUCCAUUUUAUUUUUAUACAGCAUUGAAUUCAGAUGGAUUUAAAUUUCAUUUCUUUUUGACACUGAUCAACAGGUAAAGACUCUUUAAUGUCAAAGUGAAAACAGAUCUCUGCAAAGUGGUCUAAAUUAAGAGUACAAAUCACAAAAUGGUUGAUCACGUAAAUCUUCACCCCCCCUCGAGUCAGCAUGUAGUAGAUGACAGACUUGAGUAUUUGUGCUCAGGUCUCUGUGUCUCUCUCGGCUCUGCCAUUUUUCUUCAUUCUUACUGCUCUCUGUGCCGCACUCCCAUAAAGCUGUGACUGAUGAAGUACCCGGGCAAAGGUUGCUGUCUGUACAGUCCCUCUAGCUUGUUACUUCCUCCAAGUUCUCUUGGUGGCCUCCCUCAUUAGUGGAUGGCCCGCUUAAGGCAGAUUUCCAGCUCUGCCAUACUCUUUUUUUUCCAUUUCUUAAUGACCGAUUUAUCUGGAUAUUCAUUGACUUGGAAUUUUUUUUUUUACCGCCAUCUCCAGACUUGUGCUUAUUGCUUGGCCUGUUCUUUUGUCUUUACUGUGUAGCUUAGCCCACCAUACAGACUUGCACCACCACCAAGUCAGCCUUGCCACAUUUUAGUGCAUUUAGAUACCAUCAAUUGAAAUCCCAGACAGGUGACCGCCAUUGAACUAGUUUUGUGACUUCUGAAACCAGUUGGUGGCACCAGUGAUGAUUUAGGAGUGUCAGCACGGUGGCACAGUGGGUAGUGCUGCUGCCUCGCAGUAAGGAGA